AAUUGAAAAUGAAGGCCAUGUUCUUCCUCCUAUCUCUAGCCCUGUGCCUCAUCCUGUUGCCCCAGCCAACAACUGCUAACGACCACAUCAACCACCUAAUUGCCAAAAUCUGCAAGCAAUCCGGCAAUUGCACAUUCAGCAUCAAAUCGAACCAGGCAGAGAGCCAGCGAGCAGACCUCGUUGACGUCACAUUGAUCGCGAUCAGGCUUGCGUCGGACAAUGCUGUGGGCACGUCUUCUCACAUCAAGAGCUUGCUUAAUAACACAGCUGAUAUGGACCCUUCCAUCGAGCAGGGCCUUGUCGAUUGCUCGGAUCAGUACUUGGAUGCGAUCGAGCAGCUGAGUAACUCGAUGGCGGCCUUGGUAGAGAAUGAUUACAAGGAUUUGUAUGUGUGGAUUAAUACAGCAUUGAGUGAUGCAGAGUCAUGUGAGGAUGGAUUCAAGGAUGUUAAGGAUCAUCCGUCUCUGCUCACUGAACGGAAUAACCAGUUUAGCCAAAUGUGCAAAGAUGCCUUGACUGUUACCAAACAUUUGGUGACGAACUGAUCUCUGAUUUGUAUCGGUUUGAAGAAAGUGUUACUUGUUCCUAUAUAUAUGUACUCUGAAUCUUUCUUAUG